UACAUAUAAUCAAACCCGCGGUGCAUUUUUUAAAAACAACCUGCAAUGUUUAAUUCUGGCUGUUAUCCAUGCUGAAUGCGUAGCCAGAAUAUCAACAAUACCUGUGAUUAGGCUAUUGCGUGGUGGCGGUGCCCAUAUUGUAUUUCAUUAGCAUAGGUCGUAAUAUUUUAUUGUGUAUUUUUGUCGAUUCGAAAACAUGAGAAAUAAACACCAGCUAGCAUACAGAUAGCAGCCCCUCUCCAAAACUCCACGAUUCUUAGCUUUCUUCGAUAGUCCACUUUCUGCACAUACAUUUUUUGAUAUGUAAAAUGUGACACUGGCCUUCUAGAUAACCCUUUACACUAGGAUUUCAUGUUAAUCACGUAAAAAAAACCGCUAAAAUAUUAAACAAUCUAAAAGAGCGACUGGUACACCUGCAUGGGCAUCUCUGUUAUAGCAGAAUAUGUAGGCUACAUAUUGGACGCAGCAACAUUUUACUUAUACCUUUACGGUGGAGUAAACUGCUUGCAGGAUUUUGAGUUUACGGUAAAAUUUCGGCUAUAAUUCCAGUUAUAUAGAAGAAUAUAUCUCAAGAUCCCUUAGUUCGAACAAAUAUCGAACGACUCUGCGACAGUUCGACUUUGUUUCACUCUUUGCAAGAAAUUUCAGACGCCAUAUUUCACCAUGUAUCCUAGGUUACGCCCAAUCAAGUAGGCUCUAGAAAGGGUUCAGCGUUACGCCAUUACAGUAGGCGAUGAGAUAAUGGAUCAGUAGACCUAACUCCGGUGAAGUUUGGGGAAACCCCAGGUAGUCCAUCUCCCGUAGUUUUGAACAGUAGCCACUACCCAGGACCCACUACCCAGGAUCCAGGCGGGACGAUGGGGGGAGUGGAGAGUAAGGACGUGGGCGUGGCGUUCGUGCGCGUGAAGAGGAAGACCGCGGCGGCGGGUUCCCCCGCUGCGCCCCGCGCCGGUCGCUCCGAAAAGAGCCGGCGGCCCAAGGCCUUCUCCGCCAGGACCCCGGGCCGGAGCAACGGGAAGCAUUCCGACGGAGCGUCCCCCGCCCCGCCCCCGGCCUCCGCCGCUCCGACCAGGAGCCACACGGUCACCCCCAAUUCCUCCUCCUCCUCCCCCCCCCUGGCUGAUGUGACGGACUCUGGCCCCAGUGCUGGUGGCACCCAGUAUUAUGUGGCCCUGUAUGACUACGAGGCCAGAACGUUUGACGACCUUUCGUUCAGAAAAGGGGAUCGUUUUGAGAUCAUUAAUAACAUGGAGGGGGACUGGUGGCAGGCUCGAUCCGUGGCCACAGGGAAGACCGGCUACAUUCCCAGCAAUUACGUAGCUGCUGCUGACUCUAUCCAAUCAGAAGAUUGGUACUUUGGCAGAAUGGGCCGGAGGGAUGCAGAGCGCCUCCUGCUGGUGGUGGGGAACACGCGCGGGACCUUCCUGAUUCGAGAGAGCGAGACGACCCCAGGUGCGUUCUCUCUCUCCGUGCGGCACCGGGACGGGGAGCGGGGCGACACGGUGAAGCACUAUAAGAUCCGGCGGCUGGACAGCGGGGGGUUCUGCGUGAACACGCAGGUCCAGUUCCCCAGCCUCAAGAAGCUGGUCCGCCACUACUCCGUGCAUGUGGACGGGCUGUGCUCCAGGCUCACGGAGGCGUGCCCCACGGUAAAGCCCCAGACGCGGGGCCUGGCGCGGGACGCCUGGGAGAUCCCCCGGGCCUCGCUGCAGCUGGACGUGCGGCUGGGACAGGGCUGCUUCGGGGAGGUGUGGAUGGGCAGCUGGAACGACACCAUCAAGGUGGCGAUUAAGAUGCUGCGGCCGGGGACCAUGUCUCCCGAGGCCUUCCUGGAGGAGGCGGCGGUCAUGAAGAAGCUCCGGCACAGCAAGCUGGUGCACCUGUACGCCGUGGUGUCCGACGAGCCCAUCUACAUCGUCACCGAGUACAUGAGCAAAGGAAGUCUGCUGAACUACCUGAGAGAGGGAGAGGGAAACGCCUUCAAACUCCCGCAGCUUGUUGACAUGGCUGCACAGAUCGCAGAGGGGAUGGCGUACAUCGAGAAGAGCAACUACGUCCACAGGGACCUGCGCGCGGCCAACAUCCUGGUGGGGGAGAACACCGUGUGCAAGAUCGCCGACUUCGGCCUGGCCCGGCUUAUCGAGAACAACGAGUACACGGCCAGGCAGGGGGCCCAGUUCCCCAUCAAGUGGACCGCUCCCGAGGCCGCGCUGUACGGACGCUUCUCCAUCAAGUCCGACGUCUGGUCCUUCGGCGUCCUGCUCACCGAGCUGGUCACCAAGGGCAUGAUGCCGUAUCCCAGCCUGGCGAACCGGGAGGUGCUGGAGCAGGUGCAUCAUGGGUAUCGUAUGCCGUGUCCGGCGGGCUGCCCAGAGUCUCUGCACCAGCUGAUGCUGCACUGCUGGACGAAGCAGCCAGAGGAACGGCCCACGUUCGCCUACACCCAGACCUUCCUGGAGGACUACUUCACCGCCACGGAGCCCCUCUACCAAGCAGACGACAACCUGUAGGCCCACAGAACCACUCUACAAAACAGUGGACUGCCUGUAGACCCAUAGAACCACUCUACCAAACAGAGGGCAACCUGUAGACCUCCAUUGGCCUGUGGACGACCUGUAGACCUCCUUUGACCUGUGGAUGACCUGUAGACCACAAUCACCCUAUGGAUGAUCUGUAGACCGCAAUUAUCCUGUGGACAACCUGUAGACCUCCAUAUACCUGUGGAUGGCAUAUA